AGGGUCUCCUUUCUUCUCCAAGACCAUCAGAUAUGCGAGACACGUUUCAGGCGAAUUUGAGCCAAUGGCCUGGUUGAUAUUAUCAGUGUCAUCUGCAUGAAAAUGGGAGGAAAAAAGACACUCUUCUUUCAAGGAAGACAAAAAAAGCCAAAGUCCUAUGAUAUGUUCUACCACUGGGGGGCAGAAGACCAACGCCUACCAUAGCCCAGAGAUACUUAGUGUGCCUCUUGCCCCGGCUUUGGUUCCACAUCCUCUCCCCAGUUUCAAGAUGGCAGCCAUGAGGCUAUGAAGAAGCGACAAAUAUUUAUGGAAUAAAUAAUGAGAACGGAUGCUAGGUAGCAGCUGUUAAACACAUACGCUUGGGAUAUGACUGGUGUCAUUGUUGCAAGUGUGUUGUUUCGAGAGUGAAAUUUACAAGGAAAAAUACGUUGCAUAUCGGUGUGCUGAUUUGCUAAGUUAGCGCUAGCUAGCCAAACACAUGAAUUCUGGGGACGGCCACAUCUGAUUCGCCAGCUGUCAACUAAGCAAGUAUAUUGAGCUGUGCGCUCAGCUUCACCAUGGCCAUCUCUCAGUUUCGCCUUUUUAAGAUUUGCACAUGGCUUGCAACCUUCCUUUCAUUCUUCAAAAGGUUGAUAUGCAGAUCUGGGAGGUUGCGAAAGCUAAGCGGGGAUCAGAUAUCUCUUCCAACGACGGUUGAUUUUUCAUCAGUACCCAAACCGGCAGAGAUUGAAGAAUGGAGCUCGUGGGAUGAAGAUGGUCCCACAAGUAUCAAGAUCGAGGGCGGUAAUGGCAAUGUGCCACCACAGCCUGGCGAGGAAGAGGAACCAGACUACUUCAAAGACAUGGCUCCCACCAUCAGGAAAACACAGAAAAUUGUACUGAAGAAGAGGGAGCCACUCAACUACUUGGUACCCGACGGCAGUGCGGGCUUCUCCAGCAGACUGGCAGCCACUCAGGACACCUCCUUCAUCCAGCCAUCUUCUGAGCUUGGAGACAUGGAUACCUGGCAUGAGGACGCCAACGCCUGGGAGGAUGAGUCGUCAGAUGCUGCCUGGGAGGCCGAUUUGGUGCUCAGACAACAGAAGAUGGCCGAGAGAGAAAAGCGUUCCAUGGAGCAGCAGAGGAAGAAGAUGGAGAAGGAGGUUCAGAGGAUGAUGAAGAAGGACCAGAAGAUUGCUGUCAAGCUCUCGUAACAUUUUUUUUUUUUUAGAGCACUCAUCCCGUGAGCCGGAGGGCAAUAAAAGAAACACUUAGACAAACGUCAUCACGCUAUCCUCUAGUAUUCUCCACACGAAGAUCAUCUAUACUCAACAGAGCGGUCAUUUAAAAAAAAUCUCUGUCCACCAGCCAUCAUUCGAGACAUGGCUUGGCCAAUGUGAUGAUUGUUCAAUGACUGUUGCAUUUAGCUUUCGGGAAGGCACCUCAUACCUGGGAUGUGUUCAUUAGGGCGCACAAUGGAAAUUAGCGUUUUUUCUUUUAUCUGACAAGUCCAGGCAGUCACCCCCUGUAAUCAGUCCAUUUCUUUUUCUUUCUUUUUUUUUGCGUAGAAUGAACUCUACCCUGGUUUACAGUAGAAGUCAGAAGUUUACUUACACCUUAGCCAAAUACAUUUAAACUCAGUUUUUCACAAUUCCUGACAUUUAAUCCUAGUAAAAAAUGCCCUGUCUUAGGUCAGUUAGGAUCACCACUUUAUUUUAAGAAUGUGAAAUGUCAGAAUAAUAGAGAAUUGUUUAUUUCAGCUUUUAUUUUCAUCACAUUCCCAGUGGGUCAGAAGUUUACAUACACUCAAUUAGUAUUUGGUAGCAUUGCCUUUAAAUUGUUUAACUUGGUCAAAUGUUUCGGGUAGCCUUCCACAAGCUUCCCACAAUAAGUUGGGUGAAUUUUGUCCCAUUCCUCCUGACAGAGCUGGUGUAACUGAGUCAGGUUUGUAGGCCUCCUUGCUCGCACAUGCUUUUUCAGUUCUGCCCACAAAUUUUCUAUAGGAUUAAGGUCAGGGCUUUGUGAUGGCCACUCCAAUACCUUGACUGUGUUGUCCUUAAGCCAUUUUGCCACAACUUUGGAAGUAUGCUUGGGGUCAUUGUCCAUUUGGAAGACCAAUUUGUGACCAAGCUUUAAUUUCCUGACUGAUGUCUUUAGAUGUUGCUUCUAUAUAUCCACAUAAUUUUCCUUCCUCAUGAUGCCAUCUAUUUUGUGAAGUGCACCAGUCCCUCCUGCAGCAAAGCACCCCCACAACAUGAUGCUGCCACCCCCGUGCUUCACGGUUGGGAUGGUGUUCUUCAGCUUGCAAGCCUCCCCCUUUUUCCUACAAACAUAAUGAUGGUCAUUAUGGCCAAACAGUUCUAUUUUUGUUUCAUCAGACCAGAGGACAUUUCUCCAAAAAGUACUAUCUUCAUCCCCAUGUGCAGUUGCAAACUGUAGUCUGGCUUUUUUAUGGCGGUUUUGGAGCAGUGGCUUCUUCCUUACUGAGCGGCCUUUCAGGUUAUGUCAAUAUAGGACUUGUUUUACUGUGGAUAUAGAUACUUUUGUACCUGUUUCCUCCAGCAUCUUCACAAGGUCCUUUGCUGCUGUUCUGGGAUUGAUUUGCACUUUUUGCACCAAAGAACGUUCGUCUCUAGGAGAAAGAACGCGUCUCCUUCCUGAGCGGUAUGACGGCUGCGUGGUCCCAUGGUGUUUAUACUUGCGUACUAUUGUUUGUACAGAUAAACGUGGUACCUUCAGGCAUUUGGAAAUUGCUCCCAAGGAUGAACCAGACUUGUGUUCUUGGCUGAUUUUCUUUUGAUUUUCCCAUGAUGUCAAGCAAAGAGGCACUGAGUUUGAAGGUAGGCCUUGAAAUUCAUCCUCAGGUACACCUCCAAUUGACUCAAAUGAUGUCAAUUUAUCAGAAGCUUCUGAAGCCAUGACAUAAUUUUCUGGAAUUUUCCUAGCUGUUUAAAGGCACAGUCAACUUAGUGUAUGUAAACUUUUGACCCACUGGAAUUGUGAUACAGGGAAUUAUAAGUGAAAUAAUCUUUCUGUAAGCAAUUUUAGGACAAAUUACAUGUGUCAUGCAAAGUAGAUGUUUUAACUGACUUGCUAAAACUAUAGUUUGUUAACAAGAAAUUUGUGGAGUGGUUGAAAGACGUUUUAAUGACUCCAACCUAAGUGUAUGUAAACUUCGACUUCAACUGUAAUUGCAGUUCGUGUGACAAUGCUUUAUUGAAUCUGGUUAAAUAAAUACUUUGCAAUGCCCUAUAUCAAAGACUUGCUAUCAAAUGUCACUCUGGCUAGGUAUGACUCUGGGUUCAGUAAUUAGAUUUGUGUUAUAGAAAACAAAGAAACUGUACAUUUUUGUAUUUCCCAGGAAUAUGUGUAAAUAUUCUGGUACCUAUAGUACAAGUGGACUCUCAAGAGACCUAUUUCUCUGACAUUGUCUUAUAACAUGAAGGACGAAGGUGUGUAAUUAAAUGUAAGUCUCACUGUAUAUCAGUUACAUACAUCCCUUUGUUGCCUUGGUUAUUGUGCUUUUUAAUUAUGUUUCUCGUCGUCAUUGUUCGAAAACACAUUCUCUCAUUGAUGUUGCUUGAUAUUCCUGAUGUACUUUUACUGUACAGCCUUCAAUAUACUGGAAUUUCACAUUUUAAUUGAAGGCUUAAAAAUAAGUUUCAAACUGAGGGUGUGGACACUGUCAAAGGGAUUUGGGAAUUUAAUUGAGCCUUACUCAAGAGUUGGCUGUGGAUUCCUAUGGUAAUCCUGUGGUUACUGAUCUGCCAGGCUCAACAUCUUGAACAUCUUGAAUAAUCAAAAGAUUUCCCUGCUUGUUCUUAUCCCUGCUUUUUAAUACACCAAAAUAGAAGCGACUCCUCUUUAAUGACUUUGCCUUUUGUUAUUAUGUUGAAUGUGGGUUUUUAUUUUAUUUUACACGUUCAAUGUAGCGUAACACACACAAACUGUGUUAUCUGAGACAACUUGGUGAUCAGACUUGGAUGGCCAACUGACAUCCUUGAUCGGUGAUCAUAGUAAAUACAAAGAUGCAGAGCUCCGUGCUCCCCUCCUGUAAUUUGUGGCCAGUUAGUAACAGAAUCGGUCAAUAGAUUUCAUAAGUCAAAGCCUUUUGCAUUGACUGGACUAAUAACCUGUUACGUAUCAAUAUGAUUUUGGUAUGGUCAAUCGAUGUCGAAUCAAUUGGAGCUUUUUGUGAUGGAAGUGUGCGUGUGCGCUUGUGUGCGAGUGCCCAGCAACCGGUGUAUGAGACUGGAAUGUCAAGCAGAAGGGUCUAGUUGCCAUGGAAACAUAUAUGCAGAGAUGGAGCUGAAUUCCAUAAGGCAUUUGCAAUUAAACAGACCUGUUGGAUUGGAAUAACUGAUAGUCCCUUUUACACAUUUGUGUUUUCCUUGUACCCUCACUGGGGUAUCCUGUAUAUAAUAUGGGGAUUCUGGCAAAAAUAGUUUUUAUAUUGAAUGUCUAAAUGAACGAUGCCUUUGAAACAGUGGUGUUUUCAUGGUUAUUUUAGGUGUGGCUUUGUGGUAAAUGAGGGAUUCAUUUCUGUUUUUUCAGAGACUCUUGAUAUCGACGAUAUUGAGAAUAUUGAUAGUAUUAUAUUACCCAUUGCAUGGAACAUUGGAUCAGGAAGAAAGAGGUUGUUAGCCACAGAGAAUUAUGAAAAUAAUACUGCUGACAUUUUCCCUUUUUGCUUUCUUCGCAAAUACUUCUUCCAAUUGUUAUCAAAGUCAGCAUGAUGGGGAUACAUGCUUAUGUUUGUCUUUGUCAAAUGUCUUUUUUUGCACAUUCCUUAAUUUUCUGUAAUAAAUCUCUGGAUCCCUUUUCAA